UCUCAGGUCUGGGGCAACUUCCGGUGUUGUGCGAAAUUCAGUUCCCCUUUCCAGGACACUUAGGRGAUAUUUUGAUUCUUCAAUUUUUUUGUCAUGUAAACAGCUGAAGAGCAGAAGAGUUUCUUUGCACUCACCGCUGAKCACAAACCAUCAUCGUCAUGGACCCGCUGGACUUCCUCGACAACAAAGAGCUGCUGAGGUUCUUCCACCGCCGUAAAACCGAGAUGUCCUGCAUGGAAAACCCGCACAUGUUCCUGAGCCAGCUCAGGGAUUACAGCCUGGUCCAGGAGAAAAAAUACAAGAAAGUGAUUCGAAUGAAGAGUAAAGAAAAUCUGAAGAGAGAAAUUUAUGAACUCCUGGACUGGAUUGAGACAGACCAAUCGGAGAAGAUCAAAGUUUUCUGGAGAUGUGUCUUCAAGGACARCAUCUUGAACCAGUACCCCACUCUGAAAAUGCUGCAUAACAGCCUGAUGGAUGGCUCUUAUAAGUUUGACAUACAACUGCCUGAGAUGGUGAAAGAGGCAGAGAAUGWCAAAGGGGACGACAGUGGGAGGAGUUCAGAAGAUGAGGAGUUACAAAGCAAUUCAGUGAAAAAAGAAAAGAAAAUCAGAAGCACGAGUACUGAUGGUGAUGAGGAGAAGCCUGGUCCAUCAGCUCAGCUGACACCAAAGAGAAAGUCUAAGAAAAUACGUUUCUCUUCCCCUUUGAAGAAAGGUGAGAAAGGUGACAUUUGGACCUGGCCCAUCUAUAAAUCCCAGCUGCCUGUGACCUGUGGGAGUGCAAUGGGAACACUCAUACGAGACAGACUGGCUAAAGGAGAAAAAUGCAUUCUGGUGAAAAAUCGGUGGUUUAAACCCACUGAGUUUGAGAAGUUUGCAGGGAAAGGAAGCUGUAAGAACUGGAAGUUAAGCAUCCGAUGUAUGGACYUCCCGCUAGGAAAACUCAUCAAGGACGGUCACCUGAAGUCAGUACGCUACAAAAGAAGAAGAAYUCAGGCAAAGAAACAUAGUUCAUCCUCCAGUCAUUCAUGCACAGGGUCUGAAGAAGAGGGUGAAGAUAUAGAGGAUAACCAGGAGGAUGAGGUUUUAUCAAGUGAAGAAAAAAAUUCAACGGACACCACAGGAGAAGAAGACAUGAAAGAUCAGGACGAGCAGCAGCCGGAACCCAACCCUGACUGUUCUAAAGGGAUUUUGAAAGUGACAUGUGGAGCUUUAUCUGGGAGUUUAAACAAAAUUCGAUUUGCUUCAGGCAGAUGUGGGAAAAGUAUUCGCACAGAGAUGAGCUGGUUGACCCCAGAGGAGUUUGUUAAGGAAGCAUUGGGUCAUGAAAAUGGCUCCUGGAGGAAGGACAUAGAGUAUAAUGGAAAGCCACUCUGUUCCGUCAUCGAGGCAAAAGUGUUGAAUUUGCACUCACUGCUUUGCUCUUGCCAACUGUGCAAACCGGAACCUGAAGACCUGGACGACCAGAAAAAUGACGAUGAAUGUUUCAUCUGUAAAACUGAUGGCGUGUCUGUUUUGGUGGAGUGCGAUCACUGUCCGAGAUCCUUCCACCAGACGUGCCACAUGCCUCAUAUAGAAGAGAAAGUUAAAAGUGAUGUCAGACCUUGGAUGUGCACGUUCUGUGUUUUUAAAGCCAACCAAGUGUACCGUUAUGCUGAUGAGCAGAUGACUGAAGCUGUCUUGUCUCGCCAAAUAUCUCAACACAUGCUGGAAUGCCAGUAUCUCCUCCUGUAUCUGUUCAAUGCUGACGAGGAGCAAAUAUUUGCCUCAAACCCCACACUUCAUAUAGAAAGCUACUCCCGUUUUAUUAGGACUCCAAUGUGGCUGGGCAACAUAGCUGAGAAACUGCAGAAGAAACAGUACACGACGGUUGGCGAGUUUGUGUCUGAUGUAGAGCUCAUUUUCACCAACUGUGCCACAUUCAACCAGAGCAACCCCAAGUUCCUUGCCAUGGGUGAUCAUCUGAAACAAUUAUUUGAUCAAGAGUUUAAGAAAGCCUUCAACAUCCAUGCUUAGACGACAAACUUGUGGACCAAAUUGUGGAAAUGUUACAAAUGUAAAAUAUAAAUGUUACGACCGUAACAUUUGUCCAAAUGAAUUGUUUUGUWUUAAAUUGAACUGUCAGUAUGUAGAAAAUCACUGUGAAGGUGAAAAAAUACUGAACUAUACGAGCAUCAUUAUUCUCAUCUGGUACAUUAUGUUUUCUUUCUGGUGCAAAAGUUUUUUGGUUUAGUUUUUUUUUUUUUAACAUUUUAACUAGUGUGCAACUACAGUCACACGUUUAACACAACCACGGUUUUUUAACUUAAUUUUUAAGGUAUUGAUGCUAUACUCACCGGCCACAUUUAUUAGGUUCACCAUAGCAUCAGUCUAAAAAACCACCUUUGGGAUGUUGUGGAAUGGGAGAUUCCCAUCAUGGAUGUGCAGCGGAAAAUCUGCAGCAACUGUGUGAUGCUGUGUCAAUAUGGAUGGAAUGUUUCCAGCACCUCGUUGAAUCUAUGACACGAAAGAUUAAGGCAGUUCUGAAGGCAAAAGGGAGUCCAACCCGGUACUAGCAAGGUGUAAAGUGGCCAGUGAGCGUAUGAGUAACAAUGUGCAUUAAAACUAUUUAAAAAUGUUCUUCUUGAUUUUAAUAUUAUUAUUAUUAGGAUCACGUAACACUUUUUUUAAUAAAUGUAUUUUAAAAUGUCUUUUAUGAAAGAUUUGAAUGUCACUGUAUUUCCAGUUGUACUACUUUCUCUACACUUUAAAUGUGUAAAUAAAAAAUUAUGUUGA